AGCGGCCAUGUUGCCUGGCAAUAAAAUUUGGUUGUCUAGGUUAUAUGUAAAACAUUUUGAGUGUUGUUAAGCUAAUUUUGAUUGCGAAAUGUAGGAAAUGUAGUUGGCAGUCUUUGAGUUAAACCACGUGGAAAUAUGUGAACGCGAGGCUACACCUAUGCUCAAACCGUCAAGAUGUCAGGUUCACCUGUUAUGAACUUGUUUGAGGAAAAUGAUUUGGUUAAAGUUUGUGCUCCCAUGGUUCGUUAUAGCAAAUUAGCAUUCCGGUCAUUGGUCAGGUUGUAUGGCUGUCACUUAUGUUUUACGCCUAUGAUUGUUGCUGAUUCUUUUAUCAAAUCAUCGAAGGCACGGAAUAAUGAGUUUACUACCAAUAAAGGUGACAGACCACUAAUAGUGCAGUUUGCAUCUAAGGAUCCAAAUGAUUUUGCAACUGCUGCUGAAAUGGUUGCCAGUUACAGUGAUGGAGUGGAUUUGAAUUGUGGUUGUCCACAGCGGUGGGCUAUAAAUGAAGGCUACGGAGUAGAUCUUCUAAAGAAACCACAUCUUAUUAGAGAUCUGGUGUUGCAAGUAAAAAAUAGGAUCCCAGGACCAUAUACAGUCUCUGUGAAGUUGCGCAUCAUGGAGGAUUUGAGACAAAGUAUAGAAUUAUGUAGGACUUUGGAAAAUGCUGGAGUCUCCUUCCUGACUGUCCAUGCCCGCACUCCUGUACAGAAGUGUCAGCCAGUAAAUGAGGAUGCACUACGUGAGAUAAAAUACAGUAUCAAAAUUCCACUGAUUGCCAAUGGAGAUGUGAAGAGUCUCGGUGCAGCAAAGUUGUUGCGUGAAAGAACUGAUUGUGAUGGUGUGAUGGCUGCUCGGGGCAUUCUCACCAACCCAGCCUUGUUUGCUGGGCAUUGUAUAACUCCUUUGGCCUGUGUGCAAGACUGGGUUACCAUUUCCACAGCAACAACGCCAUUUCAGUGCUUCCAUCAUCAUCUUGUAUUCAUGCUGGAAAAAGUGCUACCAAAAUCUGAAAGACUUGUAUUUAAUGUCAUGAAAACAAAGGAACUUGUUCUGGAUUUCUUGACAGAUUAUGGAAUAAGCUAUCAAAAUGAUACAAAGGAAUGUUCAGGUUAUGGUGCAAUAGAUUGUGAUUAUGAUCACAAUAAUGAGAGCCAAGGUAGUUUUUUCAAAGAGAAGCUCAGUGAUUAUUACAAAGAUGUACAAAUGGAAGAUUACUUAGAAAAUUUAUGUAGCCUGUACCAUAUGUAGUUUUUCAAUACUCAGUAUUCAUUAUUUUAAAGUAUUGUCGCGUGUUGGGUAUGUCACGUGACAAAUAACUUCACGUGGGUCUCGGAUUUAGUGAAUUUCUAUUGGACACUCACUCUUACACACCUUACAGUUAUUAUCACUUGUAGUAUCACCUGACUUCUGGCCCAAUACUCCAAUGUGACAUCUCAACUGUCCUCGAUAAUGGUUUUCCCAAGGCUGUCUUCUGUGCCUAUAUAGGUGUUAUGCGGACCAGAUAGAACUUACUGUAUACAAGGUUGUAUGUGAUGGUACAUGUAUGUGUAUUGAUUGAAGAAGUACAACAUGGUAUUAAAAUAUAACACAGUAAAGUAUUUUCAGUCAUUUCAGACAAGGCUGUAGUUACCUAUAUCAUUACUUUGUUUUGAAGAGUUAGAUAAAUCUAACAUGGAGAAUAUCAGAAGUACUUCAUCAUCAUCAUCAUCAGUAAUCUGUCAGACGACAGGUCCACAGUCUCUUCCAAAACAGUUUCUCCACUUAA